AUGUCCGUCAACGUUUAAAAACAAUCUCUUUUUAAAAGAGCAUUUUUACAAACAGAAUUUAAAGUAGCAUCCUAUCCUAAAAUUGAAUUAAAUACAUCUAAAGGUACAUUUUUAUUUAUCAUAAUCAAGAAAUGGCUUGGCAGAUUUUAAAAUAACCAUAAAAUGGAUUUGAGCGAUUUGCACUAAAAUUUAUAUCUAAAUAGUAUAUAGUUCCAAGAAAACCAUUUGUUUUGUCUGAAGUUAUGAAAUAAAUUUGUAAUGAAUGGAGAAGCUUCGAUUCAGAUACUAAAUACUACUACUGCAAUUAAUGA